AUGGGGGCCCCCCUGGGGCCCCUCUUGGGGCCCCCCGAGGGGCCCCUGGGGGGCCCCCACAGCUUCUCCCGCAUGCAAGGGGGGCCCCCCAUGCAGCUGUGCUCCCCUUUGGGGUGGCAUGCAGCGCAGCAGCAGCUGGCGCUGCAGCAGCAGGCGCAGCAGCAGAUGGAGCAGCAGCAGCGGCAGCAGCAGCACCUGCAGCAGCAGCACGCGGAGCAGCAGCAGAGGCUGCAGAGGCACGGCGAACUGCAGCACGAGCAGCAGCAGCAAAUGCAGCAGCAAGGGCAGCAGGAGCACUCGCCCGAAGCAAUGCACCGGCAGCUGCAGCUAAACUGGUCGCCGCAGCAGCAGCAGCAGCAGCAGCAGCAGCAAGCACGACUGCAGCAGCAGCAGCAGCAAGCUGGCCUGCAGCAGCAGCAGCACCAGCACACAGAGCAGCAAGUGCAGCAGCACUGGAUGCAGCCGGCGCAGCUGCAGCACGAGCGGCAGCAGCAGCAGCACCUGCAGCAGCAGCAGCAGCAGCAGCAGGAGCAGCAAGAACAGCUCCAGUGGCUCGGCCAUAUACCCUCUGCCGUGGCUUCGUCGGCAACGCAGCAGCAGCAGCAGCAGCAGCAGCAGCAGCAGCUGCGGCUGCCGCAGCAAUAUUCCCGCGAGGGAUCUCCGGAAGCGGGAGAGAUACACCCAGGCUGCGAUGCAGCAUUUUGGCAGCAGCAGCAGCAGCAGCAGCCUUUAAUGACGGCGAGCCGAGGAGCAGCAACAGCAGCAGCAGCAGCAGCAGCAGCAGCAGCAGCAGCAGACGCUGCAGCAGAGCUGCGCAGGCAGCAAGAGCUGUCGCUGCUGACUCCCGUGUCUUCUCUUUCGCCCAUCAGCAGCGACGAGACAGCAGCAGAUGAGGAGCUGCCUGCAGCAGCAGCAGCAGCAGCAGCAGCGGGAGCAGCAGCAGCUGCAGCAGGCUCAGCAGCAAGCGGUAAAGAGGCUUUACGGAGGACAGAUGAAGCAGCAGAAGCAAGAGCUGCUGCUGCUGCUGCUAAUGCUGCAGCAGCUGCUGCAGGGCCUGAGAGUGCGGGGUACCUGCACCCGUGGCAGCAGCAGGAGCAGCAGCAGCAGCAGCAGCACCGUCAGCAGCAGCAGCAGCACCUCCACCGGCCGUACACUCAACGACAAAUGCGGCACGAUCAGCCGCAGCAGCAGCAGCAGCAGCAGCAGCAGCAGCAGCUGCUGCUGCAGCCUCCGUUGGCAGCACUGCAGGAGCAGGAGUGGCAUCUUGAGGGACAAGGACACGAAGCGAAGCAGUUUGUGUGGCAGAAGCAGCAGCAGCAGCUGUUGCAGCAGCAGCAGCAGCUGUUGCAGCAACAGCAGCAGCAGCAGCUGCAGCAGCAGCAGCAGCGUCAGGGGGAGGGUCUGCACCAUCCUCAGGGGUCGCCGGAAGCAGCUGCUGCUCCCGAGGGUUUCGACUCUGAAGUAGAGACAGCAGCAGCAGCAGCAGCAGCAGCAGCAGCAGCAACAGCAGCAGCAGAGGGAGCAGCAGAAGACUCUGCAGCAAGCACUGGAGCAGGGGCUGCAGGAGCAGGAGAAGCAGAACACGGAGAACCAGCAGCAGCAGCAGCAGCAGCGGCAGCAGCAGCAGCAGAGGAGCUGCGCGGCCCAGCAGAGGAAGCAGCAGCAGCAGCAGCAGCAGCAGCAGCCUCAAGUGCUGCAGCGGAAGAGGAAGCUGCGGAGUCAACGGAGGAGGCCACGGAAGCAGCAGCAGCAGCAGCAGCGGAAGCAGAAGCAGCAGCAGCCAAAGCAGCAGCAGCAGCAGCAGCACUGGAGGCUUGCUGCCGCCGCCUUUGUGUGGGAAGAACCUGCGCGCUGCAGCAGCUUUCUAGGAAGCAAAGACAAGACUUGCAAAACACAAGAGUGGCCAUUAUUGGCGCAGGACUUUCGGGCAUGAG